CUCCGACGUUGCUGCCGUUACUCCAAUGCCUUGGACUUGGAACCUCUGAAUAAGGCCCAGUAAGCUGCCUCUCGAAUCUCGACUACUGCAAAGUCACCAGCCUUCAUACAACUUAGUUGGGUUAAUCGGACACUUCAUACACUCUCUUACGAUUCCUCAAGCAUAUUGCAGUCUGUCUCAACACCCUCAAGCUCUGGCCGCGGGGAAAUAGGCAUCCAGUCCUAUUCAACCUCUUUCCUACCUCUAGCCCUCUAUGGCUUCUCUCAAUACAUCCACGAACGGUCCCUCGAUCUCCAAAAGCUAUCAGGCAGUCGUGAAUGCUCCACCUCCCUCCGGCCCAGCAGCAAGCUCCCCAACGUACGGACAGUGGGCAGUCUUCUCAGUCUCCGCUCCUUUGGCGAAUGCGUUUCAACAGGAUUCGGGGAGUAAGGAAAGUGUCUUGAAAGUGCAAAGUACGGGAGAAGGAGAGCUCCUUGAUCUGAUAGACGAGUUCUCGGAUGGUCGAAUUCAGUUCGCUUUCGUCAAAGUCAAGGACUCCAACACUGGCCUUCCAAAAUGUGCUCUAAUUGCUUGGUGCGGUGAAGGCGUUCCGGAGAGGACAAAAGGAUAUUUCACAAGCCACAUGAACACAACUGCUAAGCUUCUGCACGGCUAUCACGUACAGAUCACCGCAAGAUCGGACCGAGAUCUGACACCCGAGGGUAUCAUCCAAAAGGUAGCCGAUGCAUCUGGUUCCAAAUACUCGACGAGUAGCUCUGCUCCUCCGCCUGUUGCCGCCACUAAGCCUACUGUCGCUUCGAAGCCUGUGUUCACUCCUACCCAGAGCAGUGGUGCGACAGGGGGCUAUAACCCGCUGGCUCGGAACGUUCCCAAGAAAGACACAAACGUGGACGAAGAUGGCUGGGGCACAGAUGCACCGCCAGUGACUCGCACGCAGCUGGAGAGGGUUCAGCCAGCUUAUCAGCCCACAAAGGUCAAUAUGAGAGACCUCACAUCCCAAACGCCUGCUGCAUCAACAUCCAGCAGCAGCCCAGCAGACGAUAGACCUGGCGUUGUCAGAGGGGCAUAUCAACCAAUCGGCAAAGUUGACAUCGCGGCUAUCCGACGUCAAGCCCAGGAAUCGGGACAAAGCCGCGAUGAUAGACCAGAGAUCGUCAAGGGCUCUUAUGAGCCAGUUGGCAAGGUCGAUAUCGCUGCCAUCCGCGCCAAAGCACAAAAGCCCGACGACUCUUCAAGCUUUUCACGCCCCGCACCAGUGUCCAGCCCUUCAGCCGGCCCUUCUGAGGAGCCUGAACGGCCGCGUUCACUGGCCGAGCGGUCAGCCGCCUUCUCUCAAGGACCGGAACGGCUCACAUCGUUGCCUAAACCAAAAGUGGCUAAUAAGUUUGGAGGCGGCUCAACAUUCACCGGGACAAAGGCACCAAUUCCGGGAGGCUUCGAAGCCAAAUCAUCUGCUCCGGCUGCUCCUGUUGGAUCGGCCAGCAGAACCUUUGCUGACCAAGGAGGAAAGACACCUGCCCAGCUAUGGGCUGAGAAAAAGGCGCGUGAGAGGGGUGUGAGUGGUUCAGGAGAGCCACCAGUGUCCCCAUCUGGCCACACUGGGCAAUCUCCUAUCAUGUCACAGAAGAGUGGUGAAGGUGGGUGGAAGAGCAGUUAUGCCGGCAAGAGCUGGGCACCUGUGCAGACUACGCACACCGGUCGCAGCAGCAUUGGCCAACAAGUCACUGGAGAUAGCACGAGUAGGGCUCAAGAAGAGGAGGCUCCUACUUCUCCCAGCGGAGGUAUUGGGUCUCUGCGCGACCGAUUCAGUGGUGCUCCGCCUAUGGGUGCUCCAGCCACGUUUGACCGGGCGCCGCCCCCGGCACCAGAACCGGAGACAAGCAACAAGCCUAACCGUGGCAUCCCAAUUCCAGGCUUGCCCUUUUCACAGCCUGAAUUUGACGAGGAGAGGACACCUGCACUGCCCACUCCGCCUGCUGUGCCAAGGAGCCCAACACCUCCGACUCCAGACAUGAGAGAAGCGUCGCCGAUUCGGGUUGCGAUACCCGUGAGUGCAUCAGCGGCACCAGCCGAAGUCGCCGACGCACAUGAUGAGCAAGUCUCACCACCACCAGCAAUGCCAGCCGCUUCUAUGGCCCGAGCGAUGCCAACACCAGCCGCUGAAGAUGAUGAGCCUGCUCAUGAACCAGAUUUUGGCAGGGCCGCCGCACAAGCGGAGGCAGCUGCUACAAUGGGACGUGAAGCCGUUGAAUCUGCUCCUGCUGCUGGGCCUGGUGCCGAGCGAGCUCGAGCCGAGUAUGACUAUGAAGCGGCCGAGGAUAAUGAAGUUUCGCUACGUGAAGGUGAAAUUGUCAGUGAUAUUCAACGCAUCGACCCUGACUGGUGGUUGGUCAAGAACGAGGCCGGACAGGAGGGACUCGUUCCAAGCAACUAUCUCACUCUUUUGGAGGAGGACGACCAAGCUGCUGCUUCUGCUCCUGCCGCUGCCGGAGAAGCUCCUCCGCAAGCGCCAGGGCCGGCUGCUUCUCAAGGGGCUACAGCUACGGCACUCUAUGACUAUGAGGCUGCAGAAGACAACGAACUGUCGUUCCCAGAGAAUGCCGUCAUCUCCAACGUGACCUUCCCAGACGAGGACUGGUGGCAUGGUGAAUACAAUGGGGAUUCGGGACUGUUCCCUGCAAACUACACAAAGCUGAACGAAUGAAGGUGCACAGAUCCAAUCUGAUUGUUGGGCUCUUGCGUUCAGGCACAGAGGGAAAAGUCUUACUACUUAGCCAGAUUAGACCUCAGAUUGCUCUGCCCGUGAUGGCACAAUACGUGCCCUGUGGCAAGAUCGUCCAAACAUGCAGUCACAACAGCACGUACUCGUAGCCUCUUAUCAUCUUAUCGAAGGCAUGACGAAAAGUCGAUGAAAAGAUUUUCCAAUUGGCGAGUUGGUACGGAGACGAGUAGGAGAUGGAUGCUGCUUGACCAAAGAGACAAGCCGAAAGACACCAGGAUGGCACAAGGCGGUGACCCAGAAGAGCCUAGUGGGUGCUGUGGGUGCUAUGGGUGCUUAUUAGGAAAAGCCCAGCUGCAAGCUAAAAAGAAUUCUGCCAUCAUCUUCCCCAGAGAAUUUUCA